AGUGCUCAAUCAAGGAUGUAACGGUUUACCGUGUAGUAUUGAAUCAGAGGGACCAAUUCAGAGACAUAUUGUAUAAGUCUCUGUUGAAAUGAACGAAUUUUGUAAUAAUACGCCGAUUUGGGAUCUGAACUUGGCCUGGAGGGGAACAUGGCCAGAGUUUACACAAUGUUUCCAGGAUACUGUGUUGAUCUGGGUACCAAGUGGAUGGUUGUGGUUAGCUACUCCAUUUUAUCUCAGAUAUCUUCUAACAACAAAGUCUGUCAGAGGAAAAUGGUCAAGUGUCACUUACCUUAAGAUGAUAUUUGCACUAAUUAUGUUGAUACUGACAACAAUCAAUGUUGUUUAUGCUGCUAUUGACCUGAAAGAAUCAUCAUCAUAUUGGAAAGCAUCCUUAGUUGGGCCUGUGAUUGAGGCAGUCACAAUUUUACUGGUGAUAUUCUACAUUGCAUUUGAAAGAUACAAAGGUUUUGUGACGUCUGGUGUGCUGUUUAUUUACUGGACAGUUGCUAUAUUAACCAAAAUUAUUCCAUUCUACUCAAAACUUCUGAAAAAGGAUAAAGCAGAAGAUACAAUAUUUUUAAAGAUAUAUGUAUAUUUUGGAUUUUGGCUUUGGGUAAUAGAAUGGAUUUUACAUAGUAUAGCAGAAAAAUUACCACAUAACAGGGAUGUGUGUCCAGAACAAAAGGCCUCUUUUUUAUCUAGAAUUACUUUUAACUGGAUAACAAGUUUAAUGAUACAAGGCUAUAGAAAACCUUUAAAUGAAGAUGAAAUGUUUAAGUUAAACGAGAGAGACAUGUGUAAGGUGGCUUACAAUAGAUUUUUAAAGAAUUGGGAUAAAGAACGUGGCAGUGUGUCCAGGCUUGGCCGGUCUGGAUCAUCCUGUAGAUACAAUCUGCAAGACGACAUGUCUGAGUCUACACCAUUACUUGCUCCUAAGCCAGUGAUAAAAGAUCCAAAUACUAAAGAGAAGAAACGAUCCUUGUUCAGAGCACUUGCCAAAACCUUUGGUCUAGAACUACUGCAUGCACAUGUUUUCAAAUUGAUCUAUGAUAUAACUAUUUUCAUUUCACCUAUACUUCUGAGAUUUUUAAUUGCCUUUUGUAAAGGUUCAACAGAAUCGGAUUCAUCAGAAUUCUCACAAAAUUGGAAAGGAUAUAUGCUAGCAGCAGGUUUCUUUGUGACUAUCCUCAUCCAGUCCCUAGCAUCCCAUCAACAGUUCUACUGGGGGAUGACUUUAGGAAUCAGGGUCAAGGCUGCAUUGAUGGCAGCGGUUUACAGAAAGGCACUGACAUUAACAAGUGGAGCAAGAAAAGAGUCAACUGUUGGUGAAAUUGUCAACUUGAUGUCCAUUGACACACAACAUAUCCAAGAUAAUAUUAACUACCUGUGGGCACUGUGGUCAUCACCGUUACAAAUUGGUUUAUGUUUAUACUUCCUCUAUCAGACUGUCGGAGCAUCUGCUUUUGCUGGAUUUGGAAUUCUUAUAUUACUUCUUCCAGUAAAUGGAGUUGUCAUGAGUAAAAUUCAUGGUCUUCAGGGACAGCAGAUGAAACAGAAAGAUAAUCGAGUUAAAUUGCUAUCAGAAGUACUGAAUGGUAUAAAGAUCCUGAAAUUAUAUGCCUGGGAGAUGUCAUUUAAAGACAAGAUUGCUGCUAUCAGAAACAUAGAACUGACCAUACUAAAGAAGUCAGCUAUGCUUAGUAUGAUUUUCUGGUUCUCUUGGGGUGUAGCUCCUUAUCUGGUAUCUUUGGUAACAUUUGCUACCUUUGUGUUUCUAUCCAAAGACCAUUAUCUUGAUGCUGAGACUGCUUUUGUUGCCAUUUCUUUGUUCAACAUCCUGAGAUUUGCAAUAAACUUUGCUCCUAUGGCUCUGACAGAAACAAUAAAGGCCAGUGUUUCAGUUAAAAGAUUGAAUAAGUUCCUAAGCCAUGAUGAAUUGGAUACUGAUAAUGUAUUCCAUGAUUAUUCCAAAGAUGGUGCUAUAAUUGUUGAGAAUGGGACAUUUAUGUGGGAUCCAGACAUAGGAGACUGUUUAAAGAAUAUAGAUUUGAACGUUCCAGAGAAAUCGCUUGUAGCUAUUGUUGGACAGGUUGGGAGUGGCAAAUCCAGCCUAAUGUCUGCUAUUUUGGGUGACAUGACUAAAGUUAAAGGAACAGUCAAUGUAAAGGGAUCUGUUGGAUAUGUACCUCAGCAAGCUUGGAUACAGAAUUGUACAUUACAAGAUAACAUUUUAUUCGGUAAUGAUAUGAAGCAGGAUGACUACGAUCAAGUGAUUGACGCUUGUGCUUUACAACCUGACCUUGACAUUCUUCCUGCAGGAGGUAGCACAGAAAUAGGAGAAAAGGGUAUAAAUUUAAGUGGAGGACAGAAACAGCGAGUGAGUUUAGCCAGAGCUGUGUAUCAUGACAUGGAUAUCUAUCUCCUUGACGACCCUCUCAGUGCUGUGGAUUCUAAUGUUGGUAAACAUAUCUUUGAUCAGGUGAUCGGUAAAGAUGGCCUGCUGAAAGAUAAGACAAGAGUUUUAGUGACUCAUGGAGUAAGAUGGUUGCCAUUUGUUGAUAAGAUAAUUGUGAUGAUGGAUGGAGCAGUGUCAGAAUGUGGGUCAUACGAUGAACUUCUAUCACACGAUGGAGCUUUUGCACAGUUCUUAAAGAUGUAUCUAAUACAAACAGAGGAUGAGGAAGAAGAGGAUCCAGAUGAGAAAGAAAUAAAAGCUAAGAUAUUACAAAGAUUGACAUCAAUAACAUCAGAGGAUGAUGAAUCUGAUAAGGGUGUGCAGUCAGAAACAGAUGACAAAAAAAUCUUGAAGAGAUUAAUAUCAAAAGAUGCAGUUGAUCCUAAAAGCCCUGAAUUACAGAGACUCAAGUCUAAAGAAGAUGAAUUAAAACAGAAUGAGAAAAAAUCUACAGGAGAAAAUAAACUGAUUACAGAUGAAAAGAUGGAGGAGGGAAAUGUAAGACUUGGGGUAUUUGGUACCUAUGCCAGGGCAUUAGGUGUACCUUAUACAUGUAUUAUUUUGGUUCUGUUUGCCUUGAAUCAGGCUACCUCUGUUUUUGGAAAUAUUUGGCUUAGUCAGUGGACAUCAGAUCAAACUCUGACCAACAGAUCACUAGAACCUAACAGUACAGUAUACAGGGAGAGAAAUGACUUCUAUUUAGGAGUAUAUGGUGGAACGGGAGUAGCUAUAGGAAUAUCUUUAUUGUCGUAUGUGACAUUAUUCAUGUUACGAUCAGUGGCAGCAUCUAGAAAGCUCCACCAUGAAAUGUUACACAGUGUCAUCAGAGCACCGAUGUUUUUCUUUGAUACCACCCCAAUUGGUAGAAUUGUCAACAGAUUUUCAGCAGAUAUUGAAACAAUAGACAACGAGUUGCCAUGGACAGUUCAGAUGUUUUGGGAUACUGCCUUUAUGGUUGUUGCUACAUUUAUUGUGAUAUCUUAUAGUACUCCUUUUUUCAUGACUGUGAUUGUACCAUUUGGAUUCUUUUAUUUUCUUGCUCAAAGAUUUUAUGUAGCCACAUCUAGACAGUUGAAAAGAUUCCAAUCUAAGACGAGAUCACCCGUAUAUAAUCAUUUUGGAGAAACCGUCUCUGGGGCAAGUGUGAUCCGAGCUUAUGGAGCUCAGGACAGAUUCAUUGAAACUUCUGAUCAGAGAAUAGAUAUGAAUCAGAGAUUUAGUUAUGCCAGUAUUACUGCCAAUAGAUGGCUUGGAGUAAGACUGGAAUUUCUUGGUAAUCUAACAGUAUUCUCAGCAGCCAUGUUUGCUGUUAUAGCUGUUAUCAGGAAAGAAAACAUUGAUGGUGCUAUUGUGGGUUUAUCCAUCUCCUAUGCCUUACAGAUUACAGAAAAUUUAAAUUGGUUGGUAAGGAUGACUAGUGACCUGGAAACUAACAUUGUGUCUGUUGAAAGGGUUAAAGAAUAUACAGAAAUCCCUUCAGAGGCCAACCUUGUGACUAACUACAGACCAUCACCUGACUGGCCACAAAAUGGUGUAGUAGAAUUUAGGAGGUAUUCUACCAGAUAUAGGGAGGGUUUAGAUCUUGUACUAAAAGGAAUCAAUACACAGAUUAAUUCUGGAGAAAAGGUUGGAAUAGUUGGUAGAACAGGGGCAGGUAAAUCUUCCCUAACGUUGGCACUGUUCCGCUUGAUUGAACCAGCCUCUGGAAGAAUUAUUGUUGAUGAAGAAAACCUCUAUAUCAUGGGUUUACAUGACUGCAGAUCUAAAUUAACAAUUCUACCUCAGGAUCCUGUGUUAUUUUCUGGUAGCUUGAGAAUGAAUUUAGAUCCAAUGGAUGAAUAUAAAGAGACAGACUUAUGGAAAGCUUUAGAACAUGCACAUCUUAAAGAAUUUGUACAAAAUCUACCUCAGAAACUUGAAUACGACUGUGGGGAGGGAGGACUAAAUCUCAGUGUUGGUCAGAGACAGUUAAUUUGUUUAGCUAGAAGUCUAUUAAGGAAGACUAAAAUACUGGUUCUUGAUGAGGCCACUGCAGCAGUUGACAUGGAAACGGAUGACCUUAUCCAACAGACAAUUAAACAAGAGUUUGCUGAUUGUACUGUCAUAACCAUAGCUCAUCGUUUGAAUACAGUCAUGGAUUAUGAUAGAAUCAUGGUCCUGGACAAGGGUGAAAUAAAGGAAUUUGAUUCUCCAAAUGAAUUGCUGAAGAAAACUGAUGGAUUAUUCUAUCAGUUAGCUAAAGAUGCAGGGAUUGUUUAAGUAUUUAAAUUUUUCUCAGAGAAAAAGAGAUUAUGAUUUAGCUGAACAGGAUGGUAUGGCUAAAUUACCAAGUUUAUAAAUCACAUUUAGCUUUCAGUUGUUGACAACAGAUUUAUAUUUUUGAAGUAUCAGUGAUAAAAACAGAAAACAAAAAAAUCAAGUUAUAACAAUGAAAAGUACAAAAAGGUCAAACUUUGGCAGACAGGGAUUUUUAAAUGGGUUGUUUGAAUUAGACAGUUACAAAGUCCAAGUUAUCUCCUUUUUGUAUGCUAUUUUGUUGCCAAUCACCUAAAUGUUAAUAAUCUCAGGCAUAUGCAAUUGAAAUAGAUCUGUAUUUAAAAAAAAAAUUGUACACCUGCAGAAUAGUAUUGUAUUCCUUAUGAAUAUUCAUGAAUAUAUCUGCUUUCUGUAAUUUAUUUAUCUAAACUUGCAACAUAUUUUUUUUUAGAUGUUUUUGUAUGAAAUAGAAUACAAAAUUUUAGAAUUGCAAAAAUUUGUGUAGAACUGAUGUUAAAUAAACUAAAAGAAAAAAAAUGAAUUCAAAAAUAUAAUUUAUUCUUAGAUUUGAUUGAAUCAGUGAAUGUAUCGAAGUUAAAAAUUUAGAAUAUAACCACUUUAGAAUUUUACUGUGAAUACUUGAAAAUUGAGUAGGGAGGGGGUGUUAACAUUAAUUAUAAUAAUUUUGUACUUGAGCUUUUGGUGUUAACACUGAGAUAUAAUUACCUUGUACUUGAGCUUAUUGUGUUAACACUGAGAUACAAUUACCUUGUAAUUGAGCUUUUUGUGUUAACACUGAUAUAUAAUUAUAUUGUAAUUGAGCUUCUUGUGUUAACACUGAGAUAUAAGAAACUAGUAAUUGAGCUUAUUUUGUUAACACAGAGAUAUAAUAAACUUGUAAUUGAGCUUUUUGUGUUAACACUAAUAUAUGAUAACAUUGUAAUUGAGCUUCUUGUGUUAACACUGAGAUAUAAGAAACUAGUAAUUGAGCUUAUUUUGUUAACACAGAGAUAUAAUUACUUUGUAAUUGAGCUUAUUGUGUUAACACUGAGAUAUAAUAAACUAGUACUUGAGCUUAUUGUGUUAACACUGAGAAAUAAAAAAAAACUUAUAAUUGAGCUUAUUGUGUUUAGACUGAGAUUUAAUAACCUUGUAAAGAAAAAAAAUUAAGAAAUUAUUAUGAAAAGUAUUUUAGAUUUUGAAAAUAAAAACAAAAAUAAUCAAACUUCUUCAAUCAAAAGUCUGAAUAUAGUGUAUAAUGGCAAAUUGAAUUUGUUUACAUGUAUUUUUCUAAAACAGACCAUUCUGAUUUGGUUUGCUAUCUAGUAUGUUAUUGUUUGAUCUAUAUUUCCUCAAUUAUUUUUGCAGCAUGUUGUUAAUUUGACAUAAUAUUCUUGUAAUUAUCAUAUAUUCACAUUAUCAUUUAUAGAUCUAACGUUGUUAUAAUUAUUUAUAUAUUUACACAUAUCAGUUAUAAAUAUUUUGAUAAAUGAUACAUUUUUUACCUAUUAUG